UGAUGAUGCCGAUGGGUUGUUAGAAUUUAAACAUGAUGAACUAGAAGAAUUAGAACAGCAAAUUACGAUCAGUUCGUUAGACGAGAUAACUGAGAUUGUUGUUGUUGCAGAAGAUGAGACAUUGAACGCCGACAAAACCAUAAAGCCAAAUACCGACGACUACUGUAGGAAAUUGGACAUAGGAGGGCAAAAGGUAGUCGUAGUUAAGCAUGAAGACGAGAUCGUUAGCGGAGGAAGAGGAGUCUAUAACUACUGUGUGCUGGGAAGCCCAGACCAUGUUGCAGCGUUAAAAGUAAAAGUAGACGAAUUAAAAGAGUAUUCCGCCCGCCUAGAAAGAGAACGCGCAGAAGCCGUAAGCCGCUCAGAAUCUGUAACCGGUGAACUUGACAGGCUGGUCGCCGAACUCAAACAGCUCGGGCACGCUGAUGCAAACUCAGAGCAAACUAUCCAUGCCACUGUGCACACCUUUGGCAAUCUUCCGAAAUUGGAGAUAAUUGCCGAUGAAGAAGAUAGAGACUAUUUGCGUUUGAUCAGAAAGCCAAGAGUAAGGCAAUAUUGGCAUGAUGGUGUGUUACAUAGAGAGGCAGAAGAGAGAACGAUGAGCUAUACUGAAUUGUUUUGGGAUUUGAUAUUUGUCGGUGUGGUCAGGAUUAUUGGACAUACACUAGUCAGUGAUGUUAGUAUCACGUCAUUGAAACAUUACUUCCUCACGUUUUAUCCGCUCUGGAGACUGUGGACAGAUGUACACACUUAUUUAAACGUAUACUCGUCUGAUGAUCUUGUUCAAAAAUUUGUUCUUCUCUGGGAAGGCGCAAUUGCAGUCGGCAUGGCAACACAUUCUGAAAAGGUUGACGGGAACGUUGGACAAUUCUACAUUGUCUCUUAUAUAAUCGGCCGCCUGACCUUUGCCGUACUGUACCUAAACUUUGCUCGAUUCAUCCCAAUGUUUCGCGUUAGCUUUAUUACCAAUUUCUGGGGUAUUGUCAUUCCGUGCAUUCUCUGGGUGGUUGCGGCUGUCGUACCCAAUGAUGACACACCGGGCCUGGUUUGGGCAGCCAUCGCAUUUGAAAACUUUUGGUAUGGUUUUGUGCCUCUUUAUAACCGUUAUGGAACCAAGCAUCCGGCGAACCAUACACAUACGGCGGAUUUCGAACGAGUCGAUACAAUCACUGAAAGCGAGAAGGAUGAUACGAUCAUCGACGAAGGAAAAGAAGAGAAAUUUCCGGAUAUCAAAUUAACUCCACAUUUGUCAAUGCGGACAAAAGGAACAGAAUAUCAAUGGAAAUGGACCGAUUGGUUUUCGAUAUUUGAAAUAGCCAAGUAUAGGCCGGCUUUAAAUAUUGAGCAUUGGAGUGACAGAGUGGGUUCGUUCGCAGUGAUAUGCUUGGGAGAAAUGGUAAUAAGCAUCCUGUACACAAGUUAUAAUACAGUCCCAGACGGUAUAUUCGGAAAAGCCAUUCUAGGUUUACUAUUUGCUUACAAUUUGCACUGGAUAUACUUUGAUGUCGAUGCGAGCAGACAAUAUCAACAUGCACUUAGAAGACAUGUCAUUACCGGACUCUGCUUCGGGUUAAUUCAUUUACCAUUGGAUAUGGCUCUGAUUGCUGCUGGGGUUGCGCUCUCAGCAAUAGUCCAAGCAAGGGAUUUUCCGGGAGCAAGUAGUAUUCCCGAUGGGUCGUUGACUGGAUCAUCCUCUGAUUUGUCAUCCCAUCUCAAUACCAACUCGGCGCUUGCUUAUGUCACUUCUGAUGUCGAAGGGUCAUCUGCUAUGCCCAAGGACUUGAUAUGGCUGUUUUGUGUGUCAUCGGGUGUUGUAUUGUACUGCAUGGCUAGCAUUGGAAUGCUUCAUAAGGGAUUAGAUACCGUUGAUUCCUUGAGGAUACCUAAGGCGUACCGUAUAUCUUUGCGAUUAAUAAUCGGCACCAUCUAUAUACUUCUUCCACUUGGCAAUCUCAACUCACUCGACUUGGUGAUAACGGUCUCAAUGCUUUCUCUUCUCCUCGUUAUCAUCGAAACGUAUGGUCGCUUGCAUAAGAAUGAACCUAUAUUCUUCAAUUGCGAUCAAGACAUCAUCGGCGAUAGCUCGACGAUGACGAGAGCAAAAUAUAUUAGGUGGAGGUGGGGUCCGUUGAAGAAGACGCAGCGUAGAUGGUCGAGGGGUGUGUUGAGACAGAGAAAGGAUAAGAAGGACAAUGCAGAGAACGUUGUGGACGAUAAGUAUUUGAAUGAGAUAUGA